UUGACAACAGCCAACAUCAGAUACCAAUAACACAGCUCACCUAUAUAAAGUAAGAGGUCGGGGUGGAAUAUAGGGGGAUGAAAUUGUGGUCGAGAUCUAUAGCAGCUAAUUGAGAUUAAAAAAGGGGGACGGGUGGAGAUACUUUAAAAAAAAUAAAAAAUAAAGAUGUAUAUACUUUCACACUGAUCCAAAACUAUCAACCACGUUUUAUUUUUAUUUUUUCAAGUUUUAGAGAGAUUUAAAAAGAGCAUUCGUACUCCAUCAACGUGAGUAGAAAUUUCCCUGGAUGUUGACUCAUCUUUCGCAACAUGAUAUUGUUGCACAAACAAAAGACAAAGGGAAAAGGUCCAAUCAUUUACCAAGACAAGAUGUCGAAGAUAAGUAGAGCAAAUUAUUUUACGGGACUUUCAUAUCAAGCCUUGAGGGGCAAGAGUUAAUCGAGCUAUUUUAAAUUCGUAUUACACUAAAUUGAUUACAAAAGAGAGUUUACAAGUACAUUUAGUUACACUAUGUGAUGUCUUUGGUGUAUUAGAAAUAAAAGUCGGUCGGUAAAUGCUGUUUAAUCCUUUUAGCAAGUAUAUGGAAGUACAGUUACGAAAAGUGUUUGCAGUUACUGUGCUUUGACUUUUGAAACGAUGUGAACAUAGAAACGGUUUUUGGCGACUUUCACGCGAUUUGAUUGGCUCUUCUUAUAAUGCUGACUAUUUUGCAUAUCCCAAUGAACCAUAGAUGGGAUACAUAGGUUCACAAAAACAUAGGUACACGAUUAUGGCAGUUGACUGGCAAAACUGCUAUAGGAGACUAUCCUCUGGCAACUCUAGCAUGUUUGUGAACCUGUCCUAUCAUGUAUAACAUGGCUUUCUAUUCUUCAGUGAGUUUUUGUUUUUCCUGUUUGAAUGACAGUUGCCCUCACCAUGUCUGAGGGCAGGCGAAGACGUGGGGUCAUCACAGAUGCGGCCUUUAUGAGCGAUGUCCGUCAGAAAAUGGAUAUAGAGUAUCAGCUGAGCCUCCGCAGGCAAGAACUCUACAGAGCUCAAGCAGAAUUGAAACGCGAGAGCCGAGUUAAGCAACAGAGACUCGCAUCAACAACAUCGAUAAAACACAGGGCUCAGAACCACGAGAGACCCUGGGCAACAGACUUUACCAGGAAGCUAGCUGCUUCAUCUGCUCACCCUGUCAGUGAAGGACAUUCAGCGAACAAAGGAUCUGUGUCCCAUCUCCCUGCUAUUGCCAACAAAGCAGAACUCAAGAGACAGAAGCUGGCAGCCACUUCAAAGAAACAGGAAAGAAAAAAUCUUUCCUGUCAUCCCGCUGGAAAUCAAAUUUCAGGUACCGAGAACUCUGCACCUAAGAAACAUCAAAGAACAGUGAAAAAAACACAUAAAUUCUGUUACUCAUAUUCAGAAACGCCCCAUAUGUUGACCCCGAAAUCCAUGCCGAAGUUCUCUGAUGGAGCUUCUCCUGGUUUGCGUCUGGGAGGACGGCCCAAAAGAAAAAGCCAUCAAGACAAGCAGAGCUCAAGUGUAAGCUUGGAACAUAAAGCACCAGCAAGGCAUUUAAACAGAAAAUCCAACAACUUACAAAUGUUAACAUCCUCUCAUUCCACCGAAGCAGGUAAGCUGCCACCCCGCAAGUCCCAUAUUCCCUGUCCUCUUAAUGAGCAUCAGUCUGCGGAGGGUCCAUUUAGGUUCAGAGAUGAAGACUUUCUUAGAACUUUAGAUGAGGGACAAGAGAGCAGUGAUGAGGACGAUAGAAAUGACCUUUCAGACGAGUCUGAUGAUCUGCGUAGUUCUUCACAGAACUCCACUGCUGGAUUGCCACAGGGAUCAAAUAGUUCCUUAGGGAGAAGCACUGUCAUGGAUUCCACUUCCCCUUUUACAUUAAGAGGUUUAUCCUGCAGCCUAGACUAUUGCACUGGCCCACAAAGCAAUUUUGAACCUUUGGACACCUUUUCUUCUGACACAGAGAAUGAGGACCUGGAGAUCAGCCAUUUGUCCACCAGAUCUAACAUGUCCAACACCCAGGAUCGAUCUUCAGAUUCGGAAUACUGCUUAAAUACUAACAGUGGGAAUUAUAAUUCAAGUGUAGCCCCUCAGAGGGCAAGUUUCCUUACCACCGCUGUAGGUAAUCGUGUUCAAGACAACGAAGAAUUUGGGAGUUCAAUUGUUAACCAUGCUUUGGGCAAUGGACUCAAUAACAGUACCAUGAGGCAAUGCCCAAAUAUCCCUUCUGACAAUUUGGCCAGAAUGUCCAAUGAGGACCAUCAGGACCUUAUACCACCUAUAAGACAAAGUGCUACUCUGUCCACAAGCUUUACAUCUAAUACAAGACCAAAUCCCGACAGAAACCAGAGAAACAGCAACCUGCUCUCAAACACGCUAGAGCCGUCACUACAGUUACCAAGUCUGGACCCAAGAUUUACCUCUUUAACAAGUCUGCUGUCUCCAAUGGGAAUGGGAAAUUCCACCUAUGCCAGAUGGGCAGGAAGCAAUGAAUCGUUGGCAAUCAUCAGCAACCCUGAACGGGUUAUCAGACAACCACUGAAUAGAAGCAGCCUUUCAAGGGAAACAGUGCAAGCUAAUGCAGGAAUUGAGACAGCAUCAGAGCCAAGUGCUCCCUCAUUAGUAGCUGUUAACCCAAUCCCGGUGCUGUCUAGUUUCACAGCACCCAGCACGUUGAGAGAUCACCUGCCAAUAGCCUUAAUGGCUUUAUCUGAGCUCAGGGGACAGGCUGGAUCAAUGAGUCAAGGUUCAGCAUCCAGACCAGCAGCAGAUCCAGAGAAACUUCGGAAAAUAAAAGAGAGCUUGCUGGAGGAGGACUCUGAUGAAGAUGAAGGGGAUCUGUGCAGGAUCUGCCAGUCUGGAGUGGGCACACUGACCAAUCCCCUGCUAGAGCCAUGUCAGUGCACUGGCAGCAUUCAAUAUGUUCACCAGGACUGUCUGAAACAGUGGGUACAAGCCAAAAUCAAGGCGGGAGCAGAGCUUUCGGUCAUCAGGACCUGUGAGCUGUGUAAGGAGAGCCUGAAGCUGGAUAUGGAUGGCUUCGAUGUAGAGGACUGUUAUCAGAAGCAUCGCAAUGCCCGGAAUCAGGAGGAUCUGUCACACACUGGCAUGUACCUGGUCCUGCUGUUGCACCUGUACGAGCAGAGAUUUGCUGAGCUGCUAAGACUCUCCCACAGCCGCUAUAGUAACUACAGGCUUGCAAGAGCCCACCCGCUGCAACGAUCAGGAGAAAGUGAAAGAACAAUACCUGACGAAGACGGUCACAGCUCUGAGAAUCAAAUGCAGGUCUUGACCCAUGGAAACAGCUCCCCACGUAGAGACACCUGAGCUGCACAGUUCUUCUCCCUUAAGAGUUACAUUGUGAAUCAUUUAGAGUAUUAUUGUUGUGAGUGGGUUUUGUAAACAGUAUGAUUUAAAAUGUUCAGUGGAAUAUCAUGAUUUACACUUGUAUUUUGAAAUUAAAAAUCCCAGUUUUCAAAAUGACUACUGUUGU